GACCUUGUGAUCCACCUGCCUUGGCCUCCCAAAGUGCUGGGAUUACAGGUGUCAGCCACUGCGCCUGGCCUCAUUGAGCUUCUUGGAUCUACUACUCUACCCUGCUAAUUCUGGAUACGUGGGUCUCUCUGAACUUAUACCUCUGUCUCCUCAAGUCAGGAACCCCUGCCUGGUUGCUCAAUUCUUGUGCUGUGGUCUGGAAACCCUUUCUAGUCAGUAAGCUGUAGCAAUAAUAAGGAGUCCCUGGUUUGUUUCCACUCUCUCAGGGAUCACCAUCCUAUCUGACUGAUGUCCAAUUUUUUUUAAUUUCAUGAUUUUUUUCUGCUUUUUAAAUUGUUUCAUGUAGAAAAGUAAAUCUAGUUCCCAUUACUCCAUCUUUGCUGAAAAUCAGGAGCUAACUUUUACUGGACAUCUACUAUACACGAAUUACUUUAAAUUCAUCAUUUCAUUCAAUUCUAUCAGAAAACCUAUGAUACAGAUACUUUUAACCUAUUUUACAAAUAAAGAAACCAAGGGAUAGGACAGGAUUAAUGACUAAAGUCACAUAUUCUAUAAAUGGCAGAUUAUUUGAUUCCAGAUGUGUUUUGACUACAAAAGGAUGUGACUCCACGUAAAACAGAGAGAAUUAUAGAAAACUACAUGAAUGUGCAUUAAAAAUCUAUUCUGUAAAAUUUUGUUUUAAUCAAAACCACUUUACUGAGCAGUUUGAACUACUUCUUUCUCUGGUGGUGGAAGCAAGGACAUAAUCUGAGAAUGAUGGUUUUACACUUCCAAUCACUAUCUUUGCUGAUUUUCUUUCUUGUUCCUUAAUGAUAUCCUGGGCAGAUUCUACACAUUCCUUGACAUUUUGUUUAAAAAAAAAAAUCCAUUCUGCUUUGAAGCUCCAAUUUCACACUAAUUUAAACCCCUCUUCACUGGAGUCCAGGAGGUUUGGAGAUGGGAAAGGAGGAUUAUCUGCUGUAUCAUUCUUCCUUCUCCAAUCCUUGGAGUGGAAAAGGCAUGAUCUUUUUGUAUACUUCCUCUCCCUUGUCUUUUCAACACUAACCAUUUUAAGGUCAUGGGCUAGGAGAGAAUAGAGGAGGCAGAGAUCUUCCUAUGUAACUGCCACAUUUGUGAUGCUAAGGCACGACUGGCAUUUUCCUAUCUAUUCUUGUGUUCCCAUGUUCCCAUAGAUAGAUUUUCCUGUCUAUUCUUCAUGUUCUCAUGUCCUCUGCUUUUGAGAUGUGUGGUUUUAUGAGGGAGUUCAUCUUCAUUCAGAUCCCUUCUGUCUCUGCCUCCUUCUGGCCCUGCCUGUGAUUCCAUUUCCCCUCCGGAUGAAGCACUGCCUUCCAAGAAGAGCAAAGUGAUGACUAUACCAUGGUUUCCGCCACCUCAUAUAAUCCCUCUGCUCCCUCCCAUGGAGCCAGGUCCUCUCUGACAUUCUCAGAGGGCUGAGAGUAACUAGGAUGGCUUUGACCACCAUUCUUUUCCUAGGCACUCCACACUAAGGCUCCUUCUUGCCCUUCAGUCAUAGAUUAUUUCUGCAAGGCUUUCCUCUUCAGUUCCCUCUCAAAAUGACAUGCAGGAACCAAGCUUUUCUAAGAAAUCCCUCACUAUCAUCAGCUAUAGUGGCAACAAAGGGAUGGAAUGGGGACUGCUCUAUUGUUCUGCAGUCAACAAGCCUCUAGCUGGGGGUACGAUCCCAAUCCCGGUCUCACCUUGUGUAGCAUCUCAUUCUCCCAGAUAAUUUUCUUGGAAUCCCACCUCAUUCAUUUAAAUUCUGGAGGUGAGGGAAUUACCUCAUGAGAAAGGAUGGGAAAGGAACUACCUCCCACUGCGAGAGUAGCAUGUUCUUCCUCCCCGCUACCCCCCAUAAUCUCCUUAUAAUUACUUAUUUGCUGGACAAUGAUUGUGGUUAGUAGGUCCUGUGUAGCUGCCUGCGUGUCAGUAAACUCUAGGGGGAUUACCAGGCCCCAGUGUUGGCAGCUCUAUUUAGACUGUGGCAUAUCAGUGCCUCUUAUUUUCAGAUGAAGCUCCAAGGCAACAGUAAAAAUCCCACUCAAUAUCUUGUUAUAUAAACAAUGGCUCUGCUCAGCCUUCUACUGUAGCUGUUCAAAAUAUGCGCACAAAAGUUGAUUUUAAUUUUACUUUGCUUAGUGCUGCUUUCACCACUUUGAAAAUCUUGAUAAGCACCAAAGUGCUCUGAGCAUGUGGAGAGGCCUGGAGAAGGUUACUACAGUGUGCAAUAAUACAAAAUAAAUUAACUUCUCUCCUGCACGAAGUGUGCACAGUCAUGACAGAAAAAACAGGGUGCUUUCUUUUUGAGGCUGACCUGGUUUUCAAGAAGUAGGAAUGAAGGUUAGGGAAGGGAGGUAUGGCAAAGAGAGAAAAAAAGAAAAGGAGGGAAAGGAGGAAAGGGUGGGGGAGAGAGAGAUUGAGAACACAGACACUCCUUACUUUCAUUCCUGGCUCCCAUGGACACAGCCCAGAAGGAGCUCUGUGGGCCCCUCUUGGGACAGGCUAGAAGUUUUACCCACAGAGCUAUUUUGAGCUCUGGCCUCUCCAGCAGGGAUGAGUGCCAUGGCCCAAGGAGCUAGCAUUCUUGACCAGGGGAGGUAGGGAGGGACGAAGAGAGCUUUCAAGUGUAUUUAACAUUCUCCUCACAGCCUUCUCCAACGGGUCUCCCUCUGUCCUUUCUCCAAACACCAGACUCCUAAGUUUACUGAAGAAAAAUAAGCUCAUUAAUCCAGACUCAGCCUAACAUAGCAAAAGAAACAAGACAUAGUCUGAUGGUGAAAACCCUGGAUUUGGAGAGGCACAUGGUCAGGGAACAAUUGUAUAAGCACUUUGAUUUGGAGAGGAAGAAUGCCAAGCAGGCUGAAGCCAGACUGGACCACAGGCUGCAGAAACUGGAGGAUAUCUGCCUCUACCAUGUGAAAUUGCUGACCUGGGAGCAGAGGCAGCUCCAAAAAGAACUGCAGAAGUUGCAGCAAGCAAAAACCAUGAAGAAAAAGUUCUCCUCUUAUUUGGGGAAUGGAAUUCAGAAGAGACCAGAAGAUGUUCUCAUGUUCUCACUACAGGGAGGGCAGAAGCACAGAGCCCCACAGGCUAAGAAAAUGAGAGCAUUGGCAACCCGUAUGACCCAAGACACAUACAAAAGCAAGUCCCAGCUGCCUCCUUCACAUGAUCCUGGCCUCAAAGACUCCAUGAAGAGCAAAGAGCAGCUACUCUCUCAAAAUAACAGAACUGCCUGCUUCACGAAAGAGCAACCACAAGCCCAAGAUAAAGAUUCUGUGAAUCCACCUAAGGACAUAGACUCCAGCAAGGGCCUCUCUGUUCUAUGCCAAAAUCAAGAGGUUUCCACUAACACCAUAGAACAAGGUCCUAGUUCCAGCCCAGCUCGUAAUAGUGGAACGGCACAUGCUAAUAAGACCAGAUCAAAAGAUAUUGCUGUAAAGCCAGAUGGGAACACUGGAAAACAAAUUCCUCCAAAUCACACGGAAUGUGCAGGAAGCUUCGAAGGCGAGUUCACGAAGCCAGCCUUCUUAGAGUUGCUUUCAACGGCCAGAAAUGUGCAUUAUCUCCGGCACAGGGUCCCCCCUGAGUCUGAGAGGUUGCUUAGCAUUGGGGAGGUAUUUGGGCAUGGGGAAUCCCUGAAGGCAGGCGAGGAGUGUGAAAAUAGAGCGCUUUCUAAGUUUCUUCCUCUCUAA